GGCACGCGGGGAAUCCAGGGGGAAGGCUGGCUGGCCCCUUGCGAGAUCCAGGGGCGCGUGGAUAUCAAUCAUUUGCUCCGCGGCCGCGCGCUACGAUCUGGUGGGGUAGGAAGUGCUUCUGCGCGGGAUUCGAACUCUAGACCGCUGCGGACAUGUUGGGUAUAACUAGCAGAAGCUAUGUGUGGUGUGCGGAAGUUGUUGGUGAGUUUCCACUUCGCAGGGCUGAAUCCAAUCCUUCCCGGGAUAGCUUCCAGGCUUCUGCAACGGUUCAUCUUCAAGGUGCUACAGAUUUAUUAAUUUUUGUUCCUGCUUAUGUUAAUUUUCACAUCCCUGUGAGAAAUAAUAUCGAACCCGCGUGUGGGUUGUCCACACGUGAUGAUUCCUCGGUUGGAGAAAGGGAUGGUGAACAGAGGCAUGCAAACGCAGCCCCGUGCGUAGAGAGCAACAUGUGAUCCAAACACGACUUUAAAAAGGGGGGGGGAGGGUAGCACACGAUCUUUUUAAAAAUCGGCCCGUGUGCCCCCUUUCACACAAAUGCUUGUGACCAGUGUCUACCUGCAGGUUGUGGCUGUAGUCAGAACAUGUGAGCAAGACAAUUUCUUGCUGAAAUCGUAUACAAGUUUAUUUUCCAGUUACAGGAUUUUAGCAGGGAGUUGCAGGGCAUGUGCAGGUUGGGAAACUGCAUAAUAUCUGUGCUGAACCUUUUGCAGCCACAAACAGUAUUGAAAGUGGGAGUGCAUAAUGUUACCAUAAUGAGCACAAAUAAUUGUGAAUGCACAAUAAAGAGGGUGUCUGCAGGGGCCCUUAAGCACCAACCCCGUGUUUCUCUUUACAGUAGAUAGCUUUAUGCUUUAUGCUUGAAAUUAGCCAAGACUAACCAACCCUUAAUCUAUGCCCCUGAAUUAAAUGCAUCCUCCUCCCUUGAUUAUCCUUGCCUCCAUUUCCCUACCUGUAGUGGCUCCUUUGAGUUGAAUUUUAGACUGUAGAGUCUUUGGGGGCAGGGAACUGCCCCUCUUGCACUUCAUAAAACAUCUUGGCGCUUUAAUGAGAACGUUAUUACCGGUAAUCAUCAGUAAGAGCAUCAACACUUUAGUCAGGACUUCUGAUGGCAGUGACAAUGAAGUCCCAGUUAACUUUAGCUAGAUGGUGUGAAAAGAAGAAAGGAUCAAGCCACGUUCACAGAGCCAAUCUCUGCUGGUUGCACGCGGUGUGCGGUUUGCCGUUUUGUUCUCAGUUGCCGUUUGAGAGGCGGAGAUUUGGGGGAUGUUCCCUGAGCCUUUUAAAACUUGGACGAUGAAGCAAGACAUGUGAUUCGGAGGCCACUGACCUAUUUGCUUCUUCUUAUCUCUGGCAUAUUUGGCUCCAGCGAGCUGGCCUUUGGGACAUCUGUGAUUAGAGCAAGGUGGAUUCUGGGGUGGAGAGGGACAUUGAGAAAAGGGGGUGGGUGGGAAACCCUUGGGUUGAUUCAGCCCACUCAGGGCCGGCUCACGCAUGAGGCAAGGUGAGGCAACGGCCUCAGGCGGCAGGAUCCACAGGGGCAGCAGAUCUGUCCUCCAAGGAAUGUAUUGUCUGCUGCCGCCGCCGCCUCUUCAGCGGCCUCUUGGUAAAUAGGAGGUGCUGUUGGUCCUACCCUUGUUCCCAAUAGACAUCUUCACCCUUCUUCCCUGGUGAGGAGAGCGCCAUUUUGUGGUUUGCCUCAGGCGCCAAAAUGUCUUGGGCUGGUCCUGCCACCAAAGCCUCUUCAUCUGUUGGCAGACACACACUGGACUCCGCCAUGGGGGUCCUACACUACUACCAGCGGCCCAGCGAGGCGGACACUGAUAUGGGCACACUUCUGCGUUCGGCUGAAGCCAUCUUGGGAAAUGGCGUCCAAGGGGUGCAGAAGGAAGUAUGUUUCAACGUCAACUGGACAGGAGGAACACCCCCAAACUCUGAGGAGACGGAGAUGCUGCUGUGGAUCUUUAGUUGCCCUUUCGAACACGGCAACAUCGCAACCAAGUCCUUCCUUAGCCCAACUCCUUCCGAUCUGCUGAUAGAGAUCGGCCCUCGUUUGAACUUCUCAACUGCGUCUUCCACAAAUGCAGUGUCAGUGUGCUGGGCAGCCGGACUAGAAAAGAUUGACCGAAUUGAAUGUUCCCGUCGAUACCUUUUCAAGUGCGGGCAACGGCCAUCGGCAUCCCAGGAGGCCUCCCUAGCAUCCACGCUGUAUGAUCGGAUGACGGAACAGUGUUACCCAGAACCCAUCGUCAGCUUUGCUAUAGCCACCCGCCCUGAGCCUGUGUUCCAUGUCGAUAUUUUGGGAGAAGGGAGACCUGCUCUGGUCAAGGCCAACAACCAGCUCGGUCUGGCUUUCGAUUCCUGGGAUCUGGACUUCUACACCGACCUCUUCAAGAAACUUGGGAGAAAUCCCACCAGCGUGGAAUGCUUUGAUCUCGCUCAGUCAAACAGCGAGCACAGUCGCCACUGGUUCUUCAAGGGGCGUCUCCUGGUGGAUGGACGGGAGCUGAAGGAGUCCCUCUUCGAGUCCAUCAUGAAGACCCAGGAACGGAGCAACCCCAACAACGUCAUCAAGUUCUGCGACAACAGCAGUGCGAUCCAAGGGAGGGAGGUCCUCUCGAUGUGGCCCAGCGACCCAUCUCGCGCCAGCCCCUUUGAGAAGCGGACGUCCACCCGGCACGUCAUUUUCACAGCCGAGACCCACAACUUCCCUACUGGCGUUGCUCCCUUCAGCGGUGCCACCACUGGGACUGGCGGGCGGAUCCGCGAUGUGCAGUGCACAGGCCGCGGGGCCCACUAUAUCGCUGGCACUGCUGGCUACAGUUUCGGCAAUCUGCUCAUCCCAGGAUACACUUUACCCUGGGAAGAUCCGUCCCUGCUGUACCCGGACAACUUUGCCCCGCCUGUGGAGGUUGCCAUCAGAGCCAGCGAUGGCGCUUCAGACUACGGCAACAAAUUUGGGGAACCUGUCCUGGCAGGCUUUGCACGCUCUUUCGGUCUCCGUCUGGCAAAUGGCGAACGGCACGAGUGGAUCAAGCCCAUCAUGUUCAGUGGUGGCAUUGGAACAAUGGAAGAUGCCCACGUCCGCAAGGAAGCCCCACAGCCUGGUAUGAACGUUGUGAAGGUUGGAGGCCCCGUCUAUCGAAUUGGUGUUGGUGGAGGAGCUGCUUCCUCCAUCCAGGUGCAAGGGGACAAUGCCAGUGAACUGGAUUUCGGGGCGGUGCAACGUGGCGACGCCGAAAUGGAGCAGAAGAUGAACCGGGUGUUGCGAGGCUGCGUGGAGAGCGGGGAAGGCAAUCCCAUCUGCAGCCUGCACGACCAAGGCGCUGGAGGCAACGGGAAUGUGCUGAAGGAACUGAGCGAGCCAGCCGGGGCUGUCAUCUACGCAAGCCGCUUCCAGCUAGGAGAUCCCACGCUGAGCGUUCUGGAGAUCUGGGGUGCUGAGUACCAAGAAACCAAUGCCCUCUUGCUACGCCCUCGCCAUGCAGAUUUCCUGCGACGCCUUGCCCGCCGUGAGAGGUGCCCUGUCGACUUCGUGGGCAAGAUCAGUGGCGAUGGACGGAUUGUGCUGGUUGACGACACAAAGGUCCCGGCCAGUGACGUGGAGCUGGAGAAGGGGCAGGUUGGAGGGAGAGCCACCCCUGUGAACCUGAUGCUGGAAUGGGUUCUUGGCAAAAUGCCACGCAAGGAAUUUGUUUUGAAUCGUGUCCACCGAGACCUCAGGCCUCUGUCUCUUCCCCGUGGCCUUAGCGUGUCAGACGCCCUCCAGCGUGUCCUCAGGCUCCCGGCCGUGGCGAGCAAGCGCUACUUGACCAAUAAGGUCGAUCGCUCAGUGACGGGCCUGGUGGCUCAGCAACAGUGCGUGGGCCCCCUUCACACCCCACUGGCGGACGUCGCCGUGGUGGCCCUCUCCCCCUUUGAGACGGUGGGAGGAGCCACGGCCAUUGGGGAGCAGCCUAUCAAAGGGCUCAUUGACCCCGCAGCCGGUGCCCGAUUGGCUGUGGCAGAGGCCCUCACCAAUCUGGUCUUCGCUCGGGUCACUGACCUUAAGGAUGUGAAAUGCAGCGGGAAUUGGAUGUGGGCGGCCAAGUUGCCUGGCGAGGGGGCUGCCUUGGCGGAGGCCUGCAGAGCCAUGUGCUCUGUGAUGGCUGAGCUGGGCGUGGCUGUGGACGGCGGCAAAGACUCCCUCAGCAUGGCAGCCCGCGUUGGCACGGAGACCGUUAAGGCACCUGGGACACUUGUCAUCUCGGCUUAUGCUGUCUGUCCAGAUAUCACUGCUACGGUCACCCCUGACCUCAAAUGUCCAGAUGGAAAAGGGACUCUCCUUCACGUGGCGAUCUGCCCUGAUCGGCACCGCCUGGGGGGCAGCGCUCUGGCCCAGUGCUUCUCUCAGCUGGGGGACGUUCCGCCAGACCUGGAUAACCCCAGCACCCUUGUUUCCUGCUUCCAAGUCACCCAGAGUCUGCUAAAAGACGCAGUGAUUUCUGCAGGGCAUGACGUGAGCGACGGCGGCCUCUUGACUUGCAUGCUAGAAAUGGCCUUUGCAGGGAAUUGCGGUGCCCACAUUGAACUGGGGGCGCCUGGAGUCAAUGCCCUUGACGCGCUCUUUGCCGAGGAGUUGGGCCUGGUGCUGGAGGUUCCCCGCACGGCGGCGGCUGACGUCUGCCAACGGUACCGGCGAGCUGGUGUGCGGUGCGUGCCAGUCGGGCAUUCAGGCCCCCGGGGCCCUAAUGCUAUGAUACAGGUCACCGUGAACGGUCAGGAAGUGUUGGCGGAGAAAGUGUCCGCCUUGCGGGGCUGGUGGGAAGACACGAGCUUCCAGCUGGAGAGGCUGCAGGCCAACCCGAACUGUGUGGCCCAAGAAGAGGCAGGGCUGACCAAGCGCAUGGAGCCCAGCUACACCCUUACCUUUAACCCCCAGGAAGAACUUCCCCUGCUGCAGGAAAUGGCCCUUCCUGCCCCGCGCGUUGCCAUCCUUCGUGAAGAAGGGAGUAACGGGGACCGUGAAAUGGUGGCGGCUCUCCUCAUGGCUGGCUUCCAGGUCUGGGACCUCACCAUGCAAGACCUGUGCUCGGGCGAGAUGACGCUGGACUCCUUCCGUGGCCUGGUGUUUGUCGGAGGGUUCAGCUACGCAGAUGUUUUGGGCUCUGCCAAAGGCUGGGCAGCUUCGGUGACCUUUAACCGCAGGGCGCAGGCUCAGUUCCAGGCCUUCCAUCGGCGCAGAGACACCUUCAGCCUGGGCAUCUGCAAUGGUUGCCAGCUGAUGGCACUGCUAGGCUGGGUGGGGGCCAAGAGCCCUGAUGUGCAAGGUGAAGGUGGCGCCAUCGAGCCAGGGGUGCUGCUGAGUCCCAACAAUUCUGGGCGCUUUGAGUCUCGUUUUGUGAGCCUCGGCAUCGAGGAGAGUCCAGCGCUGAUGCUGCGGGGCAUGGCUGGUUCUACCCUGGGCAUCUGGGUGGCACAUGGAGAAGGUCGGAUGCGAUUCCGCUCAGAUGAAGUCCUGGCCCAGGUGCGCUCUGCCCGCUUGGCGCCUCUCCGCUACGUGGACGACCAGGGUCUGCCAACUGAGGAGUACCCUCUGAAUCCCAAUGGGUCUCCACUGGGCAUUGCGGGCAUUUGCUCUCCCGAUGGGCGCCACUUGGCAAUGAUGCCUCACCCAGAGCGAUGUGUCCUUCCCUGGCAGUGGCCUUGGAUGCCCGCCUCCUGGCGCCAGUCUCUGAAGGUCUCCCCGUGGCUACGCAUGUUCCAGAACGCCUGCGAGUGGUGCUUGCGCUAUCCCCAGGGCCAGCCCUGACCUUGCUUUUUGCUGCCUUUCUGAAAACUUUCUACACCCACUCACAAGCUACACUGCACCAUCAAUUGCAAGCUGGACUAGACCAGAUUAGACACGGUCCCUGUGCUAUGGAUGCAAAACUUUCCAGUGCUGUUGUCCUCAUACAUAGUCCGGGUCCCUAGCCCCCACACCCGCAACACACAUUUGAAUCAACUUAGGGAGGGGUCAAGGAAGAACGGAUGUGCAUUCCCUCCAGUGGGCGGGGGGGGGGGGGCGUGACAUUGUGCAAUAAAUAAGUCAGUUUGUACCAAUCCAAUUGUGGAACAAUGUGGGACCAAUGGAGUUUCUAUAUUGCCAAUAAAAGCAAAUUUGACUUUAGAAAUA